GGAUCUUCCAUUCCCGCCCCUCGUUGGCGUUUGCUGCUUCACCCACCCCCGGACUACCAGUGUGAGUCCGUGCCCUGAGGCGAAUGUGAGACCGUGCUAACUGCUAUACUUGGUGACUUAUCCAACUUACGGGCGCACGCCUACUAAAUCCCUAUGUAACCAACGAAUCCCGCCGUCGCCCCCUCCCCCACCACCCCCCAGUAUUAUCACUCAUUCACUUGACGGGUCUUCCGCCGAAUCACCACACCCUCCUCAACAGAACCAAAUAAAAUCCUCUGCCCUUUACUUGGUCUCUCCGCCAUUGAAUGCAACCGGCUCUGCACUACAGAGCAGUCGCGGCCUCUACACGCUUGCCAACAAGGUUUCCGGUCUUGGAGUCACCGCCGUCAUCAUCCGCUUUGACUACACAGCCGCCCUCCGUCCUCAGACGAAGUGCCACUACCGCCAUCACUUAUAAUCAACUCUCGACGCUUGCGACACACUUCCACCUUCCUCCCCUUCCCCAUCCCGUCCAUCUCCUGCUGAAGGUCAGCCAUUGCCCACAGUCACUGCUGCUGCUGCCUGCACGCCGACAACUGCAUAAGUACUCACAGUCGUCCCCAUCCACUGCUGCCGCCGCCGCUCCUACUGCUGCUCCGCCACUAGCAACACCACCGCGUUCGCCACUUCAAGCAACACCUAUCCCACCUCGUCCAACAUCCCGCUUCUUCUUCCCCACCGCCCCUGCUACCAAACGCUUCUACUCUUCGGCCGCCUUCACGAUGACUACCGACACCCUUCCCAUCCGCGGCAAAGCUACCGUCGUUGCGUCCCAGCUGGAGAAGCCGGACCUGGAUGAUCGUUCCUACAGGGUUAUCCAGCUGCCGAACAAGCUCGAAGCAUUGCUGGUGCAUGAUCCCGAUACCGACAAGGCCUCUGCAGCUCUAGAUGUGCACGUGGGCAAUUUUUCCGAUAGCAUCGACUUGCAAGGUCAAGCACAUGCGGUCGAACAUCUGCUCUUCAUGGGAACUAAAAAGUACCCAAAAGAGAACGAGUACUCGCAAUACCUUUCCGAGCAUUCGGGUAACUCCAAUGCCUACACAGCCUCAACGUCUACAAACUACUACUUUGAGGUUGGCCACGAACACUUCUACGGCGCGCUGGAUCGGUUCGCCCAGUUCUUCAUUUCGCCACUGUUUCUUGCCGAAACUCUAGAACGUGAGCUGAGGGCUGUUGACUCGGAGAACAAGAAGAACUUGCAGAAUGACGUCUGGAGGUUGCACCAGCUCUCCAAAGCGCUAUCCAACCCGAAGCACCCGUACUGUCACUUCUCCACAGGAAAUCUGCAAACCUUGAAGGAGCUGCCCGAACAGAGAGGUGUUAAUGUUCGAGAUGAAUUUAUGAAGUUUCAUGACAAGUAUUACUCCGCAAAUACCAUGAAGUUGGUGGUUCUGGGUCGGGAAGAUCUCGACACCUUGGAGAAGUGGACCGUUGAGCUCUUUGAAGGCGUCAAGAAUAAAGAUCUGCCCGAACAGAGGUUUGAGGGACAACCCCUCCUACCGGAGCAUCUCAUGACACAAAUCUUUGCCAAGCCGGUCAUGGACACCCGACAGAUUGACAUCAUAUUCCCAUUUCUGGACGAGGAACCCCUCUUCGAGACACAACCUUCUAGAUAUGCAAGCCAUCUGAUCGGUCAUGAAGGUCCGGGUUCGCUCCUGGCCUACUUGAAGAAGAAGGGCUGGGUGAAUGAAUUGUCUGCUGGAGCUACUCCUGUCGGCGUCGGCUCUGCUUUCUUCCACAUCAACAUCAAGCUUACCGAAGAUGGACUGGAAAACUAUGAGGAAAUCGUGAAGGCUGUCUUCCACUACAUCAACCUCAUCAAGGAUACACCAGUGCAGAACUGGAUCUUUAAAGAGCUGCAGGACACCGCUGCGGUGGAUUUCAAGUUCCGUCAAAAGUCCCCGGCGUCCAAGUUCACAUCUCGUCAGGCUGGAACGAUGCAGAAGCCCCUCCCCAGGGAAUGGCUGCUCUCUUCGUUCCUGUUCAGAGAAUAUGACCCCGAAAUGAUCGCCAAAUCGCUGGACUAUCUUCGUCCUGACAAUUUUAGAAUCCAGAUCGCGGCACGCCAUUGCCCAGGUGGACCGCUUGACCAGACCGAGAAGUGGUAUGGGACGGAAUACCGGGUGGAGAAGAUGCCGGCAUCCUUCGUUCAGAAGGUGAAGAGUACUGCUGCCACAGGUAUAGGUGCUGGCGAGCUGCACGGCGAGCUUCAUCUGCCGCACAAGAACGAGUUUAUCCCAAAGAACUUUGAUGUGCAGAAGAAGAAGGUCGACACUCCUAGCAAGGUCCCCGUUCUGAUCAAGAACACGGAACUCUCCAGGAUUUGGUACAAGAAGGACGACACUUUCUGGGUGCCCAAGGCGAAUGUCUACAUUACUUUGCGAAACCCGCUGGUAUAUUCCUCGCCAGCCAAUGCCGUUGCAGCUAGAAUUUACUGCGACCUUGUCAAGGACGCACUCAAUGAGUAUGCCUACGACGCAGAGAUUGCCGGCCUCGACUACACAGUCAGCUCUAGCACCGUUGGUUUGGAGAUUGAGGUUGCCGGAUACAACGACAAGAUGUCGGUGCUAUUGGAGAAGGUCAUAAUCCAGAUGAGGGAUCUGAAGGUCCUGCCCGAUAGAUUCAAAAUCAUCAAGGAAAAGAAUCUUCGGGCCUACAGGAAUUGGAUCUUCCAACAGCCCUACCACCAAGUCAUGGAAUACAUUAGAUACAUGAACUCCCAGACCAUGUGGCUGAACGAGGAGGUGCUGGCGGAGCUUGAGUGCCUUACCGCAGCGGACGUUGAAACCUUUUUCCAGAAGAUCUUGGGACAGACUCACAUAGAAGCGUUGGUUCACGGAAAUUUGUACAAAGAGGAUGCUCUGAAGUACAUCAAUCUCAUCGAGACUAUUCUGAAACCUAGGGUGCUCCCGCCGACUCAGCAUGGCAUCAGACGUUCGCUCAUCAUCCCCGAGGGAGCAAGAUAUGUUUGGGACCGGGCGCUGGAGGACCCGAAGAACGUUAACUCCGUCAUCGAAUACACCCUCUAUGUUGGAGAACAGUCGGACCGGAGACUUAAGAACCUCCUCGCCUUGUUCUCUCAGAUAACUGAGGAGCCAUGUUUCGACCAGCUUCGUACCAAGGAGCAGCUCGGAUACAUUGUAUUCUCGGGCAGUCGGUACAGCGCGACCACCAUGGGAUACCGUGUGAUCGUACAGUCGGAACGUUCCGCGCCGUAUCUGGAGUCACGGAUCGAAGAAUUUUUGCAAUCCGUCGCGCAAAAGCUUGCGGAUAUAACCGACAAGGAAUUCCAAUCUCACGUCAAGGCGGUGAUCCUCCGCAAGACGGAGAGACUCAAGAACCUCAACCAGGAGAGCAAUCGCCUGUGGACGUUCAUCGCGAGCGAGAUGUACGAUUUUGAGCGGACGGAUGAGGACGUCGAAAUCCUGAAGGCUUUGACCAAACAGGAUACCAUCGACUUCUACAACACGUUCAUAAAUUCCGCUUCUCCCCGCCGCUCCAAGGCGUCGAUCCAGAUGCGCGCGGCAGCCGUCACACCCGAAGACCGCAAGCCCGGCCUCGUCGAGGCACUAGUCCAGUUCCUUUCCGCCGCCGCGGGCGUAGUCUCGGAGCACACGGAAGUGACGAAAGCCCUGGAAGGCAUCGACAUCAACGACACGGACGCCGUCGUCGCCGCGGUCCACACAUUCCUCAAGGACGUCAAGAAAAUCGAGGAGGCCAACAUCCACGAGAUCCUCGAGAAGGGUCGCGCAGCGCUUGUCGGUGCGAUCCCGGUCAAGAAGGCGGACGAGGAGAAGUUCAAGAUGGAGGACUUUGGUGAGAUCUUUGAGUCCAUUCAGGACGUGGUCGCGUGGAAGGCUAGCUGCCGCGUUUCUGCCGGCCCUAGGCCCGUUAAGCCGCUGGUCGAGUUUGAGAGCACCGAGGUUAAGCUUUAGAGUAGAGUGUGUGCUGUGUUGUGUGCUCUCGGUUUUCUUCUUCCUUCUUCCCUCCUUGGAAUAGAGUAUAAAGCUUUUUUUGUUGUGGUUGCUGUACUGUAUGAUACGAUUGAUACGAUUGAUGGCACUAGGAUGGCACUGGGAUGUAAUGUGACAGUGGU